CACAUCAGCCCCCCCUCCUUUCCUCACAGGCCAUACUACCAAAUUCUCCUAUUACACCACUAUAAUACCAGAUUUAACUAUACUAGUGUUUGAGCUUGUUACCUAUUAUUUAAUUGUUGUUUUUUCCCGGAAAAUGGCACUUGCUCAUCUUCCCUUACUGGGAUUUCUUUCUUUAGUCCCAUUUGUUUAUGGGUACGAUGGUGGUUGGACUAAUGCUCAUGCUACCUUUUAUGGAGGUGGUGAUGCCUCUGGUACAAUGGGUGGGGCUUGUGGAUAUGGAAACUUAUACAGCCAAGGAUACGGGACUAACACUGCAGCUUUGAGCACAGCCCUGUUCAACAAUGGCCUAAGCUGUGGAGCUUGUUUUGAAAUAAAAUGUACUGAUGACCCAAAAUGGUGCCUCCCUGGCUCUAUUGUGGUGACAGCCACAAAUUUCUGCCCGCCCAACAAUGCCCUCCCUAACAAUGCUGGGGGCUGGUGCAACCCUCCACAGCAUCAUUUUGAUCUCGCUCAGCCUGUUUUUCAACGAAUUGCUCAGUAUCGAUCAGGGAUAGUCCCUGUCGUUUACAGAAGGGUACCAUGCCAGAAGAGAGGAGGUAUCAGAUUCACGAUCAAUGGCCACUCAUACUUCAACUUAGUCUUGAUAACAAAUGUUGGAGGUGCUGGUGAUGUUCAGGCAGUUUCAAUAAAAGGAUCAAGAAGUGAUUGGCAACCCAUGUCAAGAAAUUGGGGUCAGAACUGGCAAAGCAACUCAUAUCUCGACGGACAAAGCCUCUCAUUUAAGGUCACAACAAGUGAUGGGAAAACUGUUGUGUCUAACAAUGUUGUACCUGCUGGAUGGUCCUUUGGCCAGACUUUCACUGGCCAACAGUUCACUACUUAAGAUUCAAACGAAACAAAAACAAGCAGACACAUAAGCUAAAGGGUGCUGUCCGCUAGUUUGUCAGUUACUGCUAUACUAAGUAUUAUUUCUUCUUCUUCUUCUUCUUUUAUUUUCCGAAUAAAAGAUUUGUAUUUUUACCACAUCCGGACCGGGCACGGGCAAGGGUAUUUGAAAGAGAGCCCGAAAGGCCCGGCUCCGAGCCACGCUUGAUGGUCAGGUCUAGACUCUAGUCACUACUUAUAGUUUUAGUUUCUUAGCUUAAUUUAGUGAGAUAUGAAGGUCUUCCGUUCUGCUAUCUUUUGAAAAGGCAGACGGGAAAUUUGGCAGUGGUGGUGGAUUUUACCACCCGCCAUUUUUAUUUUUAUUUUUUAAAAGAAAUAUUUCGGAAGGCUUAUCUUUUGCUAUUAUUGGUCAUCUGUAGAAAGCAAAUUUGCUUACCCCUGAAGCAACUGCAUGUAACCAGCCAUUUGCUGGAUGUGCUACUACUAAAUAAUAUGUGUUUUGGUUUCUGAUUA